UGAAUAACGAAACUGAUCUGAGGUGAAAUCCGAAAACGCUGAAAUGUUUCCAGGUUAGUCCCUACUCCCCAGAUAAGAGUGGGGUCGUGGGGAUAUGGAUAGCAGAGUUAUUUCCGAUUGAUAGAGAAAUUGGUGCAAUGGCGACCCAGUUUGUGAGGAAGGAAGUGGUUCCCUUUGCGAUAAUGAUGAUGGUGGAGAGCUGUGAGAUGUCGAUAACGAUUCUGGGGAAAGCAGCCAUGAAUGCCGGCCUCAAAACCCUCGUUUACAUCACUUACUACAACUCUCUCGGCACUCUCCUCCUCCUUCCCUACUUCGCCUUCUUCCGCACCCACAGAACUCAUCCUCUUCCGAUUACCUUCUCUAUUCUCAGUAGAUGCUUCAUCCUCGGCUUGCUUGGGAUUUGUUUGCUGCAGAUCCUUGCUUAUACAGGGAUCAAAUACACCUCUGCAACACUGGCCGCAGGAAUCGGAAAUUUGAUGCCUGGUUUUACCUUUCUUCUUGCUGUCAUUUUCAGGAUGGAGAGGUUAGAUUUGAGAGAAGUUACUAGUCAGGCAAAAUCGGUCGGUACAGUAGUAGCAAUUGCAGGGGCCAUGGUGAUGACUCUGUAUCAAGGACCAACCAUCUUUGGUUCUUCACCUUCUUCUGGUUCACCUCAUCCAUCUCUUUUGUCACAAAACCCAACCUGGGUACUUGGAGGGUUCCUCAUCACUCUCACUUGCCUUGUGUCUUCUGGAUGGAAUAUUCUUCAGACAGCUACUUUGAAAGUGUACCCAGAGCAACCCACGGUAGUGUUCUUCUUUUGCGUCUUUGGAACCUUGCAAUGUGUAAUUUACUCUGCAAUAUUUGAGAGAAGUCUUGAUGCUUGGGUGAUGCUUCCAAGCAUUGGAGUUAUAGCCAUUGUUUUCUCAGCUGUGUGUGGGACUGUGUUUCGUGCCAAUGUCAUAAGUUGGUGUUUGGAGAAGAAGGGUCCUCUUUAUGUAGCUGUGUUCAAGCCUAUGGGAGUUAUUAUUGCAGCAAUUAUGGAGAUCCUAUUCCUAGGAUCUCCUCUUCAUUUGGGAAGUGUGAUUGGAGCUAUUAUCAGUUCAGUUGGAUUUUAUACGGUGCUAUGGGGGCAAGCGAAAGAGAAGGCAAUGAUCGCGUUUGCUGCUGUUGAUCAUGAAUCCAAGUCAUUAGUCAAUAGAGCCCCUCUGUUGAAGUAAAAUAGCAUCUGAUGCUCAUUUGAAAACUUGCAUUUGAAGUUCGGCUAUUUAUGCACAUAUAUAUAUAUACACACAGAGAGAAAUCAUCAUGUCAGGCCUCCCUGACAGGGAGAGCUGUCCGACCGAGCCCUUUUGGUGACUUUCCCGGUGGAGUUUUUUGAUGAAAUUCUCUGAGCGUGUUCCUUAUCAAGUCUAGUUUGUCCAUACCAAAUUUCAGCUCAAAAUUCGAUCGGGAAGACAUUCAAAUCAUGUUUUGAAGUUGACUGCAUUUUUAUAUGUAUAUUUUGACGCAGUCAACUUCAAAAAAUGAUUUGAAUGUCUUCCCGAUUGAAUUUUUAGCUGAAAUUUGGUAUGGAUAAACUAGACUUGAUGAAGAACAUCUUCAAAAAAAUUCAUCAAAAAAUUCCACCGGGAAGGUGCCCAAACGGGCUCGGCCGGACGGAGGAUCCCGUCGGGUCGGCCUGACAAGAAGAGUUCUCUCUCUAUAUGUGUGUAUGUGCAGAAAUUAAGGGUUUAUGUAUUCUGUAUAAGCUUAAUACAUCCCUUCUGUAGUGUACUCUACAAUAACAUUUGAACUCCCAUAAGGAUUGUCUCACUUUCCGUUGUUCCUGGGAUUGCAUUUCGAAAUACAUCCGUUUACCUUGAGCCCUUAUAAUCCGUUUUCCUUAAAAUCAUGAGAUCAAUUGAGAAGUCGU